AUGUCAUCCACCCUAUCGAGCAGCGACCGCAACUUUAUAGAAUUUACUCGCUGCUUAUACAAGGCCAAGUCAGUGGUACAAGAAUUGCAAGAAUUUAGCAAAACAGUUGGCCCAACAUUGUGUCUGUCUCCAUUUGCACAGAAGCAGAGCUAUGAUCCCAGAAUCUCAACGGAUGAAUUCAUAAAGCAUGUAAAUCAGUAUUUGGAAGAUUCUUUUCGAAAAUUCAACAACAUGUGCCGUGUGCUCCUGAUUGUCCUCACAAAAUUGGAAUCAAACCAGCCUGUUCGAAGAGAAAGAAUCGAUUCAUUUAGACAGGAAGUUUUGAACGAGUGGAAAAAAGCUGACAAAGUGCGACAAGAUCUACUGUUGUUAGUGCAAGAUUCAUAUCAAGUAUCCAAGCUGCCCUCGCCACAAUCAAUUCCAUCAAGCUCUGACUAUGACGAGGAAGACGAUGAGGGAGAAGAAGAGCCUGGCUCAGAAGCAAGCCUGGAGCCCACCUUAUCAGAAGACUCAACGACAUCAGUGUAG